AUGGCUCUUUUUACCAAGCUCCUCGAGCUUGGUGACGAUGGCAUGGAUGCGUUCCAAAUCCUUUUCAUCCGAAUGGCGGUAACAACCAUAUGGUGCUUCUUUGGAAUCAUCGGUAUAUGGACCGCGAUAAAGUUCCUUAGUCUCGCUGACGCAUCGGUGAUAACCUUCUUGACACCAUCAAUCGUGGGAUUUUACUCCGCCAUCUUUCUCCGCCAGCCUUACACUCGCAAGGAACAGCUGGCAUCCCUGGUAGCUUUGGCAGGUGUGGUCUUCAUUGCUAGGCCUUCCUUUCUAUUCGGUAACACCUCGCCGAGUAGUCCUUCAUCGCCGGCCCAUGACAUCGUGUCGCCAGCUUCAGGCGUGGCAGACGGCGGGCCCACAACUGCACAAUACUCUGUGGAAGAAAACGAGAGCGCAGCACAUCGCUUGACGGGAACACUGUUUGCACUGCUGAGCGCUUUUGGUGGUGCUGGAGCAUUUAUCGCUAUCAGGGCCAUUGGUGACAGGUGCCAGGUGCUGACGACGACCAACUUCUUUGCCACGUGCUGCACUUUGAUCAGCGCAACGGCGCUUGCCAUUGCUCCUCUGGUGGGAUACGACCAGCCUCAUGUGCGGUUUGGGCUUCCGCGUGACCCAAGGCAGUGGUUUCUGGUGUCCAUGAUCACGGUUUGCGGCUUCCUGGCCCAGUGGUUCCUGACAGCAGGCCUGGGCAGCGAGACAAGGUCACAAAAAGCGCCAGCUAUGGUAUAUACGGGCAUGUUGUGGACUGCUGGGUUCGACCGCUUCUUUCUUGGCCAGACCAUGCACUGGUCAAGUCUCCUUGGAUGUGCCCUGAUAGUAGGAAGUGCUGUAUGGGUGGUCGCAAUGCCCAAGCCUGGGAACACGCAAUGUGAAGCUGGAGGAGACAUAGAGAACUCUGCUGGUAUAAGAGCCCAAGACACGGGUGUGAUGGAGGCAGAACAUGCGCAAGGGUCAGUCCAGAUGCAAAUUCUUCGUAAUCACUGA